AUUUUGGGAUGAAAGUACAGAAAAAUUAAGAUUAAAACCUUAAGGCUGUGAACUGUGAUAACCACUUGUAUAAUUCUGAUUAUAUGCCCAAUUUUCUCUAAUCCACAAAGUAGAUAAGGUAUCAGAAUGUGUCUACGUAUACAAUUCAGUGAUGAACAUUUUACAGUGAAGAAGAUUCUCAUUCCCCAGUUUCACCAUCAUCAUCACUAUUGCUUCAACAGCUUCCAUUCCCAUGAAUCCAAUCCACCAUUCAUCUAAUUGGCAAUGAAUGCUAAUUUCAUGAGCUACCCAUCAUCUAUGGAGUCGAUAUCUUUGUCCUCCACCAUUACUUCUGCUGCCAGCACAUCUUCUCCCACCGCCACUGUGAAUUCCAUGGCUACCCAGUUUUGUUUGCCGUCUAAUAUCUCUUUGCAUGCACAGUACCCAGGAAGAAGAAGAUCAAGAAAUGUUUGUUGGGAUAAAAAACCCAGAAAAGUUUGUGUCUCUGCAUCCAAAGGGGAGCCACCUGAGUUGGAUAGGUGGGAACAAAUGGAGCUCAAGUUUGGCAGAAUGCUUGGUGAAGACCCCAAGCUAACCAUGGCCAAGAUAAUGGCGAGGAAGGCUAAUCCAGAUUUAACUCCUUUAGAAAUUGAAAAUUUAAUUGAGAAGAAAAAGAAGGGGAAGUCGAAGAAUAGUGCUAUAGAGGAAGUUGUUUCAUUUGAUAUGGAGUGGGAAAGAAAGGCAGCUACUUCCAUUGACGGGGUGAACUUGGUACGGCCAGUGACCCCAAAAGGAGUGAAGUUUGAGACUAAUGAGAAAUCAUUUGAGGUUCAGAAAAGGAAACCAACUCAGCCAGUUGGAGAGGCAGUUAAAAACAACACUAGCAAGGUUCCUAAUGUGAUACUGAGGAAACCUACAACAUAUAAAGAUGAAGAUUCUUCGAAAUAUAGCAUUAGACCAAAUUUAUCAUUGAGAAUGGGGAAGGAACAACAGAAGGAAAGGUUUAGUGACAUUACACUGUUGAAGAGGCCUGAGAAAAUCAUUUCUGAUGGUGAGAGUGAAAGUGGCCAGUCCAAUAAUUCUGAAGCUAAUGGUAGCUCUCCAAAUGAGUUUAGUGACAUUACGUUGUUGAAGAGGCCUGAGAAAGUCAGUGCUGAUAGUGAGGGUGAAAAUGAUGAAUCAGGUGACUCCAAAGCUGAUGGUAGCUCUCCAAAUGUUGAGAAUGAAGAAAAGCAAGAAUCACCUGAUUCCAUCUCAAUUGGCGAUUCAUAUCAAGAACCAAAAACAGAUAUAUCUAACCCUGGUAUCUCUACCGAUGCUAUGCUGCUUGGUAAACCAAAAAGAUUAGACCAGUCAGUGAAGGUGACAUCUACCAUUGUUAAAGAGCAAAUCCCUGAAAAUCGUGAAACUAGUGGGAGGGUUAUAGCACUUGAAGACUUCCUUUCAUCGCCCAUGAAGGACAUUGAAGAGCAAGACUGGAAAAGAGCAGAAGAUCUGGUUUUAUCUGGAGAAAGAGGAGACGUGGAGAUAGUGAGCUCUAGUACCAGAGGAUUUACGGUUUCAUUUUAUUCUUUGAUAGGAUUUUUACCGUAUCGAAAUCUUGCUUCAAAGUGGAAGUUUUUAGCUUUUGAAUCUUGGUUGAGAAGGAGGGGCUUAGAUCCAUCCAAGUACAGGAAAAGCUUAGGUGUUAUUGGCAACUCUGAAGCAGCUGGCAUAAUACCUUCUACUGAUUUAAGAUUAGAUAUAGACAUAGAUGACAAAUUAGGCAGUGAAGUCAACCCCGAUAUGAAGCUUGAAGAUCUUCUAAAGAUCUAUGACCAGCAAAAACUCAAAUUUUUGUCAUCCUUUGUUGGUCAGAAAAUAAGAGUGGUUGCAGUGUUGGCUGACAGAAAAUCAAGACGGCUUGUUUUUUCUGCUAAACCAAAGGAAAAUGAAGAAAAUAUCACAAAAAAAAGAAAUCUCAUGGCUAAACUGAGUGUUGGUGAUGUGGUUACCUGCACAAUUAAGAAGAUAACGUACUUUGGCAUUUUUGUUGAGAUUGAAGGAGUACCUGCUCUGAUUCACCAAACCGAAGUUUCUUGGGAUGCUACAUUGGACCCUUCAUCAUUCUUUAAAGUUGGCCAGAUUGUGGAAGCAAAAGUUCAUCAAUUAGAUUUUAGCCUUGAUCGCAUAUUCUUGUCAUUGAAGGAAAUAACGCCUGAUCCAUUGAUUGAGGCCCUAGACGCAGUUGUAGGUGGUCAUGAUUCUUCAGAUAGCCAACUAAAAGAAGCUCAGGCAGAUACUGAGUGGCAAGAGGUGGAGUCUCUUAUUAAAGAACUGCAACAGGUUGAGGGUAUUCAAUCUGUGGUUAAGGGACGGUAUUUUGUGAGUCCUGGUUUGGCACCAACUUUCCAGGUCUAUAUGGCAUCGAUUUUUGAAAAUCAGUACAAACUACUAGCUCGGUCCGGCAAUCGGGCACAGGAAGUAAGUUAGCAACUUGUUUCCCCCCAAGAAAUACACUAUUAUUAGAAAAAAAAAAAAAAUCUUCUUACAAUUGAGUUUCUGCUGAUGAAUAUCUUGUUGGCAGGUGAUAGUUGAUACAUCCUUGGGUAAAGAAGAGAUGAAAUCCAUCAUUCUAACCUGCACAAACAGAGUUCAAUAACAACAAACAGUUCAUUUUAUUUGAUCCUUGCCAGUUUCUUUCACUUCUUCAUACUGCUUUUUUGUUUCGGCUGAGAGCCAUUUUCGAGCUGUAAUUAUUACCUGGAACAUCAUUCGAUGAUCAUCUUAUUUCUUGCUUAGUGAUGAUACAAAUAAAUUUCCCAAUGACUCUAAACAGAAGUCUUCUAUAAGAAAAAGGAUAUCAUUUGUCAUCUUGAUCCAGUACACUGGCACACUUGUAGAUUGUGUCUUGCAAAGUUUAAGCCUAAACCCUUAACAUACCAAGUUUAGCUGUAAAAUUUCAUUUCUG